AUGAUCCUACAAGGUUUGCUGAGGCUUGUUGGAGUGAUUGUUCACGUUCCUGCUAAAGAGGUGUCGCUUUUGUUAACUUACCUCGAACUCCCUGAGUGUACAGUGAACGCCCCUUGGGCGUGUUGUCGAUACUUAUUUGGCUCGUCAGUCAAUCUCGAACCUCCAGCUUCUUCCCUCCAUACACCCAAGACCCACCGUGACUUCGCUCGUCACGACCCCGCUGAACCUACCUUUCUUGCAUCUGUAGGCCUUGCAUCAGCAAAACAUUCUUUCACUCUUCUCGCCAUGGAGGAGAGAGGAUCGGGCCCACCUCCAGGCGGCGGCGGCGAUUUGCCUGGCAGUCCGCCACGCAAUCUUCCACCGCUGCCCCCCUCUAACAUCACUCUUCAACCUCUUCGACUCCCUACGCCUCAUGAAUCCACUCCGACUCUUGGCAUGACGCACGCAUCAUAUGGUACUCCUUUCGAGAACGGAACGCCAUCCAUACCUGACCUUGGACACUUCGAAAUUGGUGAAAGCACUUUGAACGCUCCUUCCAGCUUGAAUAUAGAUUCACCUUCGCUCUCUAAUAUCACCUCCACGAAGCCCGCCGAACGGUUUUGGUCCACUGUUCGGAAGAAUGCUGCUGAGAGGCGAGUUACGGAACAUCUGGCCAAUACCUCGAGGACAGUCGUGGUGUAUGCUGCACGGAAGCAGACAGAUUUACAACCCACGCGCGUAUCGGCACGUAUCGCGGCCAAACAGGCGCAGCAGGCCCAGCCUCCUCAGCAAGCCCAAGUCCAGCCUCCUCAUCAAGCUCAACCACCGGCCAGCGCGCCACCGCGUAGGAAACAACCGACAAAGAAAGCGACAACGACAAAAGCACCUACGAGGCAGCCUGCCAAGAAUGUGAGGAAACCUAUUGGCCAAGAGCCGACACGGGCAGUGAAAACGCCGGCAGAACCUCGACAGGAGAGACUCGCCGCGCGCAACGCAAAGCGAGAAGCUGAAGAGGCCGCGCUUGCUGCCAAGCUGGCUUUUGGGAAGAAGAAGAAGGCAACUCGGGCUAAGAAGUCGACCAGCGUGGCUCAUGUGGAGCUCGAUACCGACGCCGAGGGCGAGACGGCGCACGAUACUGCUCAAGACCAUACUCAGCAGGAUGCUUCAGAAGCCAAUGUCGACGCAGCGGUCUCCGAUGCAGCAGCUGGUAGCUCUUCUCAACCUCAAGCUACUACGCCUGCUCCUCCUCCUGCAGCCAAGAGGUCGCGCGCGCGUAAGGCCGCGCCGGCCCAGCCAGUGAAACGAAACCCGCCUCGAGCAGGCCGCCCUUCCCGUAGUAAGAUUCAGUCUUACAUUAGGGGUAGGCAGGUCAAGGAGGAUGAGCUUGCUGAUGAUGAAGAAGUAGCUCAUGACUCCGUAGAUGAUUUUGAGGAGGAAGAGGCAGACACCCAGCAAACUUCCGCAAAAUCUGGCGCUGAUGGCGAGGUACAAGUUACGAAUGCACCCAUUGCUGGCGAUUUCGAUGAGCGCCUCGAGGAUGAAGAAACUUCCCAACGACCCGAAGAAGAUGCAGUGGAAGGAGCCUCGGACACUCCCGUGGAUAACAAUGUUGAUCAACGCGAGAAGGAACUCCCAGAAACAACUCUUGAUGACCAUGUUGAGGAACAGUCAGAGGCCUCACCCUCAAGUCGCAACGCUCAGGACAAUACCCAACCAGCACUUGCCAAUAACAUCGAAGAGCUUUCCGGGCCUGAGGUCAACAAUGUCCGCAAAAGGAAGUCGGACGCUAUGUCGACUGUGGGGAUUGGGCACCCUAUCCUCAAGCCGGCGUCCCUAAGACGAUCAUACAGCGUUCCACCGCGAUCUCCUCCUCCGAUUCGUGGCAGUAGGAGCUCUUCACCGGAGGAUGGCCACGCGGCCAAGAGGCAGCGUCUAGACGCAUACGACAGUACAGAGCAGAGGGUUGCGGAGUCUGAUAUCGUCGCUACUGGUGACCAGUCUCAAGAAGCUCCUCAAAAUCCAUUUCAACCAUCCACCUCCAUGGAAGACGUUACAAAUCGCGAUGGUAAAGGAGCAGAAGUUCUGACCAAGUCACAGUCAGAGGGAGCUGCAGACCCUUCUAAUGGAAGAACAAAUGCCGCGGCCCUUGAUGCUGAUAUUGCCCGCCCUGAAGUAUCGCAUCGGGAACCGUCUCGAAAUCCGGCUGCUCCACCGACCUCAAAGCAUGACACCCAUAAUCAGGACGGAGAACAGGCCGAAUUUCCAGUGCAGUCACUCCCGGAAGGUACCCCUGACACCUCCAACCAGGAGUCCACUAGAAACGCUUCGAUCAGAGAGAUUGACCGUAUGGUGGUCGAUUCAGAUAUCGCCCGCCCGGAAACACCAGCCCUCGAAUCGCCCGGAAUCCAGGCUCCGCCCUCGACCCUCGUUGAAGAGAGCGUAAAUCAGGAUAGUCAAGAGACCGAAUUGCAAGGUCCUACGCAUUCGCAAGACGCCACAGACAUUUCUGUCCAAGAGCCCGUUGAAACCACACUUCAAUCACAGUCAGAAGACACUCCGAGCACCCCAAGGCUGUCAACAUGGCAAAAGUUUCUGACUGAAGCUAUGAGAGAAACUCAAGCGGAGACGGCCACUGCAGACGACGAAGAGGCGUUGUCCAAGCCCAAGGCUACCAACAAGCGCAGCCGCAAGGCCAGCACCCACAAUCUCACCAAGGACUUUCCAGCUUCUUCCGAUUCUCCGGUCCGACCGCGUAAGAAGGCCAGGUUCGCUGAUACGGUGCAAACCAGCCGCAUCCGCCCCGACAGGAGGUCUCUUAUUAAGGGUCCCGCAGAGCCGCUCCAAAGACCUCAGGACCCACCACAGAACGAUGAAGAGCUCAUGGAUGAUUUUAACCGUGAUAACCUUCGACACGACUACCGGAAUCGUAACGAGGAGCGGGACGUCUACAUUGAUCCAGUGCCUCCAGCGCCUCGCCCACGCCCUCGGCUUCCACCCUAUCUGCCGCGGCAGCAGUGGCCAAAGGUUCCUGAAACGUUGGACCUCACGCCUGGGAUCGUGGAGCCUGUUCUUUUGCCUUGGCAGGUGGAGGAGCACAUCCGGAGGAGGAGGUUGGAGGACCCAGACUCUAUGGGCCAUCCACCUGUGACCACUCCUUCAUCUCCGCCACCGAAGAAGGCAAAAAAGUCCAAGCAGCCUGAAGCAACUGCGUCAUCUGUUGCUGCACAGGCUGCUCUACCCCCAACACAGCUUGGAUCUACUCAAGGCGGAGUUAGGCGACGUUCGUCAAGUGUCUCUGGUGUCUUAGAUUAUCGACCGUUUAUCUCUCACCAGCCGGGAAGCUCACACGGCCAGAUCCAUGGAGAGCUCCUAGGCAUUCCGCAAGGAGAGACCUUAGGCCUGCUACAAGGUCAAACUCAAGGCGAGCCACAUGGAAGCUUCGCUACUCCUACCGGUGCGACGACUACCACCGGAGGCGAUUCAGCCCGAGAUACCGCUGUGUCUUCUCGCGAGGGAGCUCGGAAGAACGACACUAGCAAGCCUGACACCACCAAACCUGCUUCUCCUGCCGCGCCGGCAAACACUCCAGGAGGUGGUAGUGCCCAAGGCGUCGCCGGAUCUUCCCGCAAGAGAUCCAGGGACCACGAGACAUCCAAGGGCAAGGAUGCAGUCAAGCCGCGCACCAAGAAGCGGAGGACGAAGUCUCCUCCUCCUAAGAAGUCGCGGGCCCAGCCCCGUCCUCCCCAGCGAAAUCAAGAAGAGUUCUUCACCCUAUUGUUACGCUCAUUCCGGAAUAUUUCUGCCUACAGCCAACAACCCGCCGUCGUGGCGAACGUUCGUCGCACGCUCGCCAACAGGAAGAUGAUCCUUCAAGGUCGUGAAGACGGUGCCAGAGCAGAGGCACGAUACUGGCGCUUAAUGUACGAAACCAAUGGCACUUAUCAACCUGGUCCUCUGGAUUACCAUCCAGACCGGACGAUGCCGUCGGAUACUUGGCCGGCGCCCUUCGUCAUUCCGCCGUAUGAGACGAUGUUUCCUCUGCCUCGACCCGGAACCAUGAGGUAUGACCAGCCAGCUGAUGAGCAGGGUGUGCAGCACCAGACUUUGGACAAAUGCACGGCGGACGCUGAAGUGCCUAGGGCGUCUGAUAAUGUGUCGGAUGGGGAGGCCGAAGAAGACGAUGCGGAGGAGGAAGAAGACGCGGAGGAGGAAGACGGUGUGGAGGAAGAAGACGAUGCGGAGGAGAAAGACGAAGCGGAAGGAGAAGACGAUGCGGAUGAGGAAGACGAUGGGGAGGAUGAAGACGAUGUGGAGGAGAAAGAUAAAGCGGAGGAGAGCGACGAGAGUCGCAGCCGGGAUACGAACUCAGACGGAGACGACCUCUUCGGUGACGGUGCCGAAGAUGCUUCAAUCGAGUACAGUUUCCAGUAUCUGUCUGGCGGCGUUGAGGACUCGAUCGACGUGCCCGAGGGGGGCUCAAUCGCCGACAGUUUUACGGGAAAUAUGGAUGGAAGCGUCAAGGCCACAGUCGACGAUUCGAACGUCGAGAUGGGCGAUACUUCUUCCCAAGGCAGAGAAACGACAAGUGCGGCCGCACCAACACCGCAGACUGAAGAAGAGAAGACGGACCUUGAGGACGCCACCGAAGAAGAGGCGGACGCUGAGGAGAGCGACGAGAGUCGCAGUCGGGAUGGCGACUCGGACGGAGAAGACUUCUUCGGUGACGAUGCCGAAGAUGCUUCAAUUGAAUACAGCUUCCAAUACAUAUCUGGCGGUAUUAAGGGCUCGAUCGACGUCCCCGAGGGAAACUCAGUCGUCGACAAUGAAAUCAUGGAAAGCACUGAAGAGAACUACAGGACUGCCAUCAACGAUUCGAACGUUGAGAUGGGCGGAUCCUCCUCCCAGGGUGAACAAACGACAAGUGCGGCCACACCAACACCGCAGACUGAAGAGAGUAAGACUGAGACGAGCCUCACGAACGCCACCGAGGAAGAGGCGGAGGCUGAGGAGAGCGACGAGGACGACUCCCCACCAGCUAAAUCCCACGAUGCGAAGCCGCGCUAUUCCCUUCGCGAUCUUCCCAACGGCGAGUCGGAUUCGUACGAUGACUCUCCAGUAAAGUUGGUGAUCGAGGAUGGAUUCGUUAGAUUUGCCCCCGACGACCAAUCCAGCUCAGACUCACCAGAGUCUUCACCAUCGCCGCCUCCAGUUCCAAUGGCGGCUAGAUACAAGGAGUAUCUUCGUACUCAUCCCCAAACGCCAACCCGUCGUGUGCAGACAGAGCAAGAAAGGAUGAAAGCCCAGCUUCUGCUGGAGUCCUUCCCUAGAACUACUAAAAUGCCUAAUUCUCACGAUGCGGAAGCUCAAGAGUAUCAUACGCCGCAGAAGCAUGACGACACGGACGAGGACGCUGACUCUGACAGCGAGAGUGAGUCCGAAAGGGACGAAGUUGAUGAUGGAGCUGAAGAUGCUGAUGUGUCUUCUUCUGCCUCUACCUCUUCCAGCGAAGAUAGCGAUGGAGAGGACAUGGACAACGAUGACGGUCAGGCGGUCAUUGCACACGUCCAGAAGCGGAGCCAAGACCACGUAGUUGAGGCCCAGAACAAGAAGCGUCGCCUUCUCUCUCCACGUUCUAUGCCCGCGGGUACCCAAGCUCCCCCAGCGUUCGAGCCCGCGGCUGAAGGGGACGAACACCGUGCAGAGGUUGAGCGUAGGUUUCGUAUCGCCAUGUGGGACGUCCGUCAAUACCGCCCUCGACAACAACCACCGCGGCAUCUUUUGACCGGCCUCCCGCGUCAUUCCACCUACUCCAAAUCGCUACACUUCCCACGCGCUGGCACUCCUCGUCCAGGAAGACCCUAUCCUCUCGCGCGUAGUCAUAACUUGUCCGGUGACGAACGCGGGUCUACUCAGUUCUUCAAGCAACGCAACAAUCUCCUUAUGAAAAGAGCAGAGCAGAAGAAGCUUGCUGAUCCGCAGGACCUUACGCCCCCUGGAACUCCCGAGGCCGCAGCGGAGCACCGGGAUAAGGUUGAGGAGAUCAAGAACUACGACUGGGGAUACUGUGAUGAGUCGUCGUCGGAUGAUUCUGACGAGGACCAGUCGGGUGAUGAGUCGAGUGAGAAUGAGUCCGGCGAAGAGGACUCUGGUGAAGAAGAGAGCGAUGAGGAAGGCUCUAGUGAAAGCGGGUCAGAUGACGAGGAGAUGAAAGAGGCUGCGGACGAAGGAAAGUCCGACGAUGAAGACGUCGAAAUGUCAGAUGACACCGAUUCUGAAGAUUCCGACACGGAUACUGAGACGUUUGAGGAUACGUCUGGCUCGAGAGAUCUGGAGGAUGAGCUAUGAGCUGAAAAUAAAAAGGAAAAGCUACACCAGUUAUGGGUUCGCAAGACC